CAGUGACCUAAAUUCCUAAUUCCCAAGAAUUUAAUCUUUUAACUCAUUUUGUUAAGUGCAUCAAAGGGGAUGGAAAUCCUCUUAUUACUGAAGAAUACCAGUUAUAUGAAGCUCUAAAGCAACUUUCAUAUAGAGAUAUGGUGUCUCUGCUCGAGCCUACUGCAAUCCUAUGUGAUAACUCAAACAGAGAUGAAAUUUUAGAUGAAGAUUCAGAUGAUGAGGAUGAUGGGUCUAUUCCCACCAUACUUAUCUCUAAGGAAGAAAAGAGAAGAAUUCGACAACCAUGGAUCAACUCUAUAAUUAUUAAAGCUUUUAGUACCGAUAGAGCUAGUUACAAUUUCAUCUUUCCAAGGAUUAAGGCCCAAUGGAAACCAAGAGGCAAAAUGGAUUGCAUUGACUUGGGUUUAGAUUUCUUUCUCAUCAGGUUCCAUGAGAAGGAGGAUCUAAACCGUGUACUCCAUGGGCACAAGGAAGACAACUACCCCCUUAAAGUCCCUCAACCUAUGGCUGUCUUGAAUGAGCAAAAUGUCCAAACACAAGCUCCACAAGCCCCAUCUGAUGGAAACUAUAAUGAACCACUUGAGAAUCAACGAUUUGGACCAUGGAUGAGUAGAUCCUACUCUCUUUCUCUCCUCACCAUUGGAGGGGAUUCCUCUAACCCUAAAGCACUUGUCUCCAGACUCAUUCAUCAUUCGGAAGGCUGUCUAGUCACCAUCAGCGGAGAUACUAAGAUGGGACGACUGGUCGAAGCCAAUUGUCCCCAAACUCUUUAUAACGCCGAUGGGGCAACCUUACCUGUGUCUUUUCAAGAUGAUAGGAUGCAUGAGGACAAUGCACCUGGUGGUUAGGAAGGAAGAGGCACAGAACUCUAUGCUUCAAUAUCAACAAAUUGUGUUGUUGUACUACUUCCCAUGAGUCAAUAUGAUGGUUAUGAGUAAGGAAGGCCAACUAGUGCAGCUUUAGGAAGUAGCCAGGUGGGUUAUGACCACCUUCAAUAAACAUGCUUAGACUAU